CUGUAGAGAGAGAGGAGGAUCGCUGCCUCAUACAGCGUGUCUGUAUCAGAUGAGAGGGGGUCACCCAGGAUUCCCUUGAAGCUGCUCUCCAGGAAAAAAGAAAAAGAAAAAAGAAAAAAAAACGUCUCCAGAUUUGGUUCCUACCUCGGUUACCGGAUAGGAUCAGCUCGACACUCCUGCUGCUGCUGCUUUAUCUUGUGCCAUCGAUUUGUUUUUUUUUUUUUAAGAAGAUGCCGAAACGGGAAAGAAAAGUGAGGCAGACUAUACCGGGAAUAGAAAGACGCGUAAUAGGAAUCAGAAUUGCGAAAUCAUUUUUGUAAUUAAUCUGACAUUUUUUCCAUUUCUUCAUGAUUUCAGUGCAGGAUUUAUAGCAGAAUGACAAAGUAGCCUGUUCAUCUCAUUGACUGGAUGCAGAUUCGAACAUGAGCUAAACAUCUGAAUGGAGAUUUAAAGGCGUUCUUGAUGCCCAAAACAUUCCGGGCUUUGCUCAACAGGCUAUGAAGUAAAAGUUUUACAUGUCAUUUUGAUGAAAUGACAUCGUCUAUUUGCUUCAUAUCUUGCUUACAGUAGGUUGCUUCAGGCUAUGCACUGAGACCAAAGGCGAGUUACGAUCUGCAUGCUUGGUUUAACGCGCGGCGCAAGGUGUAAUCAGACCGACAAAUAUCCAAAAACGCAGCGAGAGGGGGGUUGAACUUUGCGGAUAAAAAGGGGGGCUUUCCCUGUUUCAUGUGCCUGAGAUUUAGUCUAAAAUAUUAAGGACAGUAGCAAAGGGUCUGCCAAAAAACUCCGGAGAGCUUGGCUAUAUGAAGAUCGCGACACAGUUGUUGCUUUUCCCUCGCAGAAAUGCCAGUGCGUGCUGUGACCACCAGGUUCAUGUACAAGGGACUUUGCACUAUUCCAGAUGUCCUCUCCUACCGGACCCCUGUUAACCUGCCUGAGGAUGAGGUGGAAGAGAUUCGUGAGGCUUUCAAAGUAUUUGACAGAGACGGGAACGGCUUUAUCUCAAAGCAGGAGUUGGGGAUGGCCAUGCGUUCGCUGGGCUACAUGCCCAAUGAGGUGGAGCUGGAGGUUAUCAUCCAGAGACUCGACAUGGAUGGCGAUGGCCAGGUUGGCUUUGAAGAAUUUGUCACAUUGCUCGGCCCUAAACUCUCUGCAGCUGGGAUGCCUGAUAAGUUCCACGGAGCUGACUUUGACUCAGUGUUUUGGAAGUGCGACAUGCAGAAACUGACAGUGGAUGAGCUGAAGAGACUUCUUUACGAUACCUUUCGUGACCACCUCACUAUGAAGGACAUUGAGAACAUCAUCAUGACUGAGGAGAACCACCUGAACAGUCCAGAGUCCCACGUGGACAUCGACACAAGCCCAACACAACAGGAGAAACACACGUGUGUGCGUAAAAGCCUGAUUUGUGCCUUCGCUAUUGCAUUUAUCAUCAGCGUCAUGCUCAUCGCAGCGAAUCAAAUGCUCCGCAGAGGGAUGAAGUAAAUACAUGUUUCUAGCUGGUUUCAAAGAGAUUUAAGGACAGAUGAGUGAGGAAAAGCAAAUGUUAACCAAAAUAUUUCAUUUCUUUUUGGUUUUAUUCACACUUGACACCCGUAAUGAUGCUCUUACAGCUUGUCUCUACAGUGGAUGAAAUGAUGUCAUGCAGUGGUUCUGUUCAGCCACUAAUCAUUACAUACAGUGAAAUGGAGUGAAUGAAAGAAAGGCAUCUCAAGGGCUGAUUAGUAUCUAAAACCAGUAGCAUCUCAGAUUCAAAUUUCUGAUGUUUUCUAAGGAAUUAGACUAAUAGACUCAAAUAAUCAAAUAUUUAAGUGUACAUUAUGUGCUGUAAUAAUAGCUGUGCUGUGUCAAUGCAUUUAAUGUUGUUUCUGUCAUUUGGAACGCACCAAAUAACGACAGUAAUGAAGCAAUACAAAAGCGGGCGACGUGCUACGAAGCUGAAAACAUAAGGACGCGUCGCUGCACACUGCAUACUGUGUCUCUUGUGUCUGUUUACUGCAGUGUGUCAAGAUUUUCAGGAUAGAAGUAGAACACACACCACAUCCAGUUUAAGACUUUGCUAAACCAGCACCAUCUGUGAUCUAAAUCUUACCAGCGUAGCCCUGCUAAUUCAACACACAAGACUGGACUACUAAUGGCUCCGAGGGUGGCACUGUCAGUCUGUUGCUCUGUGAAACCGCCACUUUGAAUCUCACAACUAAUGAUGGACGGCUUCCCCUGAAACUUUAUGCAGACAUUUGUGGUCAAAUGAAUUCGGCGAUGCCCUGAUUUUAACUCUAAGGCCACCAGGAGGUUGAUGCUUUUGGUCAUUUUGUCACAGCAGCUUCAUCAGCAUGUUACAGUUUUUCUCAGGCGCUUUGGUACAUUUUUUGAAUCAUCCUCGACAUUUGCAAGUAAGUGCAUUUCUCAAAACAAUUUGUGCAAAUAGCAAACACCACGGAUUACCUGCAAAAGCCAGUCUCUUACACAAAAUCUUUAAUUCAUCUCUCAAAAGUAAAUAUCUGUGUCAAUGAACAUGUCAGUGGCAUCAGAAUGACAAGUCUUUGUGUCAUUGUGUAGAUAAGACAGUCAGAUUGCUUAGUCAUUUUGUUAUAACAGUGUACUCUGGAGGGAUGUUCUGAUGUAAACUAUGGCUAAAGUUUUGAUGACAGUUAUUGUAAACUGUAAGUUACACCUUCGUGUAUGUGGGAGAUUGAUUGCAAGAGACUGGACAAGAUUCACAUUUAUGCUUUUACUGUUGCAAUUUGUUGACAGACCACACCAUUGCAAUACAGAAAGGAAAACAGCGCUGCAUAGCACAAGGAAAAAAAUAAGUAGAAAUGUGAACAUAGGGCAAUCUCCUUAGGGAAAACUGUACAUGCAGUGCUGUAGGAAUUCCAGUGCAGUCUUCCUGCACCUCCUGACGUUCCUGUCUGUGAACUUCCUGUCUGUGUCUUCUCAUCCACGUCACGAAUAUCUUCUCUUGUGUCUUUGAGCAAUUUCAGAAAACCCUAAUCCUUCACACAUUUCCCUUCUUAGAGAAAUUCAAGAUUGACCUGGGAUCAAUUUAUCAAUUCAGGACAGAUUUAGAAAUAAAAAGUCUAAUGGAAAUGUAUAGAAAUAUCCUUGACAUAUUAUGACAACUUGUUCAACCAGUUUGCAUGUAAAGACUUAUGCGAUGAACUAAUGCCUAAAUGUUGUGGAGGGUGAGACUAUUCAACAGUAUAAUACAUUUUGAUCAACAUGACAUCAGCAAUUGAUAAUGUAGGAAACAGCAGAGAAUCGUACAGAAUCAUUUGCAUGGAUGUACCAAAGCAUUUGCAACUUGUUCAAAGAAAUGAGAAACUGCUUUUUGAUGUGCACAAGUGACACAAUGAUGUGAAGAUUGAACAAGUAGUUUUGAGAAUUUCAAUUCUGAUCUGAGAAAUGUACCAAAGUGACUGAGAAAAACUGUAAUACUGGGGUCAAUAUAUAAUUGAGGGACUUUUGAAGUCCAGGGGAUAUAUCUUGCAUACAAUGUUGUUAAAAGUUUAAAAAAAAAUAAGUUUUUUUAUGUUCACUAUGAACAUGUCUUUACAAAUCCCAUAGUUAGUUAUUAUGGAAACAAUCACUUAUUAAUAAAAAUGACUGGAUAUCACUAAAAUGUCAACUAAAUGAGCUUAUUCAAAAACUGUUUUGUGUUCUUUUUAUUAAGUCGAGAUAAUCAUGACAGAUAUUUCUUUUUGCCAAUAUAUCAAAUUUUAUAUGGAAAAUAACAAAUUGUAUCUGUGUCCCAGAAAUCACUUUCAACUAAGUUCCACAUUACAAAAACACCUCUCAAGGAAGUGUGUUAAUUCCAGAUCACAUGACCUGCUCCACAUGAUGUCAUUUCCUCCUGAAGAAAAGACUGGCCAGACUCCAAGGCUUUCUGAGUUAUUUAAUAUAAAGUAGUGUGUGAGUCAAGUGUGGAUUUAUGGCAUGUCAACAGGUUUACUACAAUAUCUUUAUAAAUAACUUUCAAUUUCAAUUUUACUCAUUUGUAUAUAUAAUAUUUAGAAGAAUCUUUCUUUAAAAAUGCCAGGUGGUGUUUGGUUAUAGGCAGCCAUGUUGAUUUUAGGCCUGAAAGCAGCAAAGAUGUCAACUAUGAUACCUGCCAACUAUGUUACAAAAAGUCCCGAAAUUAUAUAUUGACCCACUGUCAUUGUUGCCAUUCUAAUAUCAGUAUUUACUUCUGCUAAAUCUAUGAGCAUUCUCAUCAUACCAGUCUGUGAAGUGCACUGAUUUUUUGUUGUUGUUGUUGUUUUUACUUAUAUCAGUGGCAACAAAUUGAAACACAUUUCAUUCCACAGUUCCCAGGUCAGCUUGACUUGAACUGAAGGCACAUGACAUUUAAAAGAGUGGACAUGAAUAGAAUAAAAAACUUUUUUUGUCCAAAUUUUCUACAGUAACAAGUACAAGGAACCCAAUAAUUGGGAAAAACUAGUGAACAAGCACAGGAGAAACACUGCUGCAAAGAGAAAUGAUUCCUCAGCUGCAUGCUAUGUACUCCAGUCAAGGUAGCUGCAGAAAAAAAAUCCCACUGAGCAUUUCUAAAGAUGUCACGUUUUUCCUGCGAAUUAAUUCCUUUGUUUUGAAGCUCAGAAGGAGCCCUCGUGGCUGAGCAGUUUGGGAUUGCUUUCUAAAUCAAAUAGAUGAUUUGUCAGCUGAAAUGUGAUCAGCUGUAAGUCAAGGAAUUAAAACUGAAGUGAACUUCAAAUUAAAAGCGCGACAUAAACCUAAAUCGGAAAAUCUCUUCUAAAAAAUAUCAAACAGGAGUGAGUGCAUGGGUGUUAGUGUAAGAAACUCAGACUAGAAAUAAAUAUUGAUCUCUUGACUUCCACACACCUGUUUUGUAUUCAGUCUGGCUGCGAUACAUGCACAGUGAUGCUGCAUAUUUCGAAUCUGUGCAUCUAAAGCAGACAUGAGUCAUCCUGACUCACAGAGAAAGUCCAGCGAGUAGCUGUAAGACCCGAGCUACCAGCGAUGAGGAAAUUAAACAAGUGUAGUUUAGACAAAAGUACGUAUUAAUUGUAAUAUUUAUAGCAAAUGAGUAUUGAAGUAAUUCACACGGCACACUUGCAUGUACAUUAAAUUAGAAUUAAAUGUGUGUUCUUUGUGUGUGAGAUCAAUUUUGGAAUUCUGAUGUAUGUGUUCAAAUAUGCAAUUUGUAAAGUGAUCAUUGCAAAAAAAAAAAACACUCAGUAUUUGACAUUUUCCUGUAAAUGUCGAUUUUUUUUGUGGAUGUGCAGAAAAUAUCAAAACUCUAAACACUUUGCAGUACGCUGUGAACAAUGAUUUAACAUAUCAUGACAAAUGUUGUUUUCUGGCUUUUACAUGGACCACCAAAACAACAUAUUGUUUAAAGUAUAACAUGGUUAUAUUUUCUUACUUAGAUAAGUGAUACAUUAAAUCUAUGUGAUUUUAUUAUGAAUAUGAGCAUAAUGUUUUGUAUAAAAAAACACAAACAAGAAAUGUACCAAAAAAAAUUUUUAAAAAUCAGGUUUCUGUUAUAUAAUUUCCAGGCUGACUGGACAUUCAGAUACAAGUUCUUGUGUGUAUUAAGACCAUGCACUUACAUUAACUUUUCUGAUUAAUUUUCUUUAACAACACUCGUCAAAUCUGACAAGUUUUACAAAAUGCUCUAUAUUUUUUCUUGCUCUUUUUAUCUUUAUCAAAGCUUUACCGCAAGAGGGAAAGUAUGACGCAGUGAGAAUCAUUCUGGCAAUAAAACGGAUACUUUAUCUCAUAUAUAGUAGCUGUUUAUGUAAAAACUAUUUAUAUGGCAUCACAUUACCUCCUCAUAUGAACAUAUCAUAUAAGGUAUGGCUUUUGUGUGAAUGUAAAAUAUAGUUGCUGUGUUAAAUCUUGUCUUAAGACAUAUAAGCAAAUAUUGUCCUAUUCUGUAUGUUACAGUGUUUUAAUGAGAAGAUUUAUGUACAAUUUGUUGACAGAUUGUCUGAAUUGUUGUUAUAAAUUUAAUUUGAACUGUG